AUGAACAUCACCAAUGCUUCGAUUCCGCUGCCAGCUUAUCUGUACCUUCACCUCGUACAUAACAACAAUGACUACGACAGAAUGUUCUACUGCGAAGAUGGUCAGCUGCUGCUUCGACAGUUCCCAUGGUUAUUGCUGAGGUCGAACCAGUAUUUCGUCCCAGCUUUGUUUCUCAUACCGAUGUUCGAGCAGGAGCUCGGCUUGCUCUUCCCUGAGAGGACGACCGUGUUUCAUCUGCUGGGAAGGUAUCUCUUCCAUCCAUCCAACGCGGCUUGGGGCUACGUAACAAGGUGCUACCAAGCAUACCUAGCAAAUGCAGAAGAAAUAUUGGGCGUCCAGAUCAGGACAUUUGCAGAAGUCGAUCUCGACAAGCACUCGAGUUAUAUAAUGAACUGCGCGAUCUCAAAGAACUUGCUGCCCAGUCUCGAUACGAAAGACGCCGCUGCUCUUUCGGACACCAUCCGAGUCAAACCGAAAGCUGUCCUCGUGACCAGUUUGAAGAGUGAGUACUUCGAGAGGAUAAGGGACACGUACUAUAGGAAUGCGACGCUGACAGGAGAGGUGAUCGGCAUCUAUCAGCCGAGCCAUGAAGAGAAACAAUUCACAGAGAAGUUGGAUCACAACGUGAAGGCUCUGGCGGAGAUUUAUCUCUUGAGCUUGAGCGACUCGUUGAUUACGAGUCAGUAUUCUACGUUUGGGUAUGUAGCGCAAGGGCUGGGUGGAAUUUGA